CUGCAGGACGCACAGAACUCAAUCACACAAAAGAAAAGGGAAUGCGGUACGGAUUUGGUCUUGGAAGCUGAGGGAAAAAACACUCAGAAAAAAGAGCCUCAAGUCACCUCUCUGCUCUUUUUCUGCAGGACAUGUCGCUUGUGUUUUUGAUGUUUUCCAUUGUCUUCUUCGGUUCGUCCUCUGGUAUACAAACUGAUGAGGUGUGCUAUGGCAGGAGGUGGCAGUUUCCAUCUAAUUAUAUACCCUCACGUUAUACUGGACCAAUAUACUUUACUGAAACUAAUACGGGAUCCAAAAAAGUUGUUAUAAAUAAUGGGAUGGCAAUAGACACACGCUUUAGAGUCUCUCCUGGCUCAAUUUAUCUUACAGAUGUAGAAAAAAGAGAUGAAGGAAUUUAUUCUGUCUCAUCUGGUGGCUACCAGCGACAAGAUGUUGUUGAACUGAAAGUCUUGGAAUGUGCUAAAAAUGUCACAAGGGAUUACUACUAUACGUGGGAGGACUCUAUCCCUAGAUGGGCUGAAAUCCUGGAGUUUACUCCCCUUCACAGUCCGGACCAGCCAAAGAUCCUGUGGAAUCGCACAGACUCUCAGAUCAGAGAAAGCAGAGCUGAGGUGAAAAACGGUAAUUGGCAGCUGUCUUACCUCACUCAGGCAGACAGUGGGUACUACAACUUCAUGGAUAAGAACCACUCUGUGUUGGCCAAGGUGCUGCUCAAAGUAAAAGAACAAACCAGACACUAUGAAACAAGGUGGAAUGAGCACAUUCUCAUUGAAUACCCUCGGGGUCCUAAGAAGUGGACCGUGACUUUUACACCUGAAGGCCAAAUGGAUCCCGAAACACUGAUGGAUGGCAGUCUGAUCAUAAAAGAUCAUCGCUUUUCUGGCAGAAUUCAUGCAGUGAUGGAUGGCAUAAUUAUAAAUUCUACAGAAAUUAGAGACUCUGGCACCUUUGAGUUCAGAGACCCAGAUGGCAACCUGAUCUUGAGUGCUCGGCUUGAAGUGACCCCUGAAAUGUUGCCACAGUUUAUAUUUAUGGCCGUUAUUGCCUUGAUUGUCGUCGGGAUCAUCUGCUGUUGCUGUUGUUGUAAAAAGUGCUGUAAAAGGGACAAGUCUGCUCCUCAGACUGCAGCCUCACCUGCAUCUGCUGUAUAUUAUCAUAUUGAGAAUCAACCUGCGUGCCCAAGUUACUCACAUCCUUCAGCUUUGUCUUAUCAGCCUGUGAAUUCUCAUAUUUCUACACAACCUUCAGCUACCUCCUCUGAGCCACUGUUGUACCACAAAGUGAAUAUCCAUGAGAACCCCGCUCAGCCUGAGGUUUCAGUACCUGAAAACCAGGCUUCCACUCCAGCUCCCUCAGUCGGUCCAGACUUCCUCUCAUCAGACCCGGAGCCGCAAUUUGAACUGAAAGGAUUAGACAUGCCUUUUGCACCAUCUCUUACUUCAAACACAACUAUCUGUGAUGUUUAUAACUCAGACAAACUAAACUUUCCGUAAACAGUAUGCUGAAAAUUCAGGUAGAGUUUAUUAUUGUUUCCAUUUUCAUCUUUGCAAAGCCAUACACGGACAGGAAAAGGACCAUGCAGACAGAUGUUAAUCGCACUGUGUUGAUGCAUGAUCCGUUUUUUUUAUCUUUCACACAAAGAUGUGCUGUUGUAAAAUGUGUGGAUUCCAAAUAUAUUUUUUCAGUUAACAAGAUUGCUUGUAAGUUUGUAAGUUCAUGUCUUGCAAACAGUUUGGUUCUGGAAAGCUUUGGAAUUUUUAAUUUUUUUCCUAAAUUUUCCUCAGGUAUGAGAACAUAAAUCUCACUCAGUGUUGUCCUCCAAAUAUUCUGUUACAGCAGCUUAAGUGUGAAUUACAGGAAUCAGGGUUUUAUUAAAUUGUGCAAUAUAAACGCAUUUACAAUAAAUUAGAAUUGUUACUUGCAUGAAAUAGUGUCUGCUUUGCUUCUCUUCACAGGCUAUUUAUGGAUAUUUAUGGAAUGACAGAUAAUGUAGUCCAGUAUCUUGGCAAAGUGUGUAAUAGAUACGGUGGACCAACGUGCCUAUUACAUGCUUUGCCGUGAUAUCAGGCUGGAUAAUGUUGCUAGCUUUUGCUUCCAUGGGUAUUUUCUACCUCUGUUAUGUGCAUCCAGCUCCAUACAUCACUUGUUUGUAGCUUUUAUCAUUGUGUUUUGAGGGAUGGUGGGCAAUUUUUAAAUAUGCCUUUUUAUAUUGUCAAAUUCUCAAAUGCAAUACAAGUAUAACUGGUUCUGUAUAUCUUUAAACAGAAGCUUGUAUAAAAGUUUUAUCAGGCAUUGAAAAACAUGUAUCGUUUAUAUAAUGUAUGUAAAAUUCUGAUAGUUGUUUGCAUUGCAUGAAGAUGUCUGAAUAUGGAAUUAGUGUAAUGAUUUGAAAAAGACCUUAAAGAGCUUACAUGAAUUUUUCAACUCUGUCCCUCUGUCUCGCUCC